GACCGCCGGAUAGGGAAGGAAAAUAAAACCCAGCUUCAGGACAUUCCCAGGCUUGAGAGAAGAGAGAGAGAAAGUCCAGGGAAGAGCAGAUUCGACUGGGAACCGAGCGGAGCAUGUGGACCGAGAGCAGGCGAACAGGAGCCGAGGAGCAUGUUGGGAAAUCCUGACUGAGUGAAGAACCAUGGGUUCGGAGGCGAUGGAGGAUUGUGUCCAGGGGGCGCUGUCGUCACUUUACCCUCCUUUUGAGAGCACGGCGCCGCCCCUCCUCUCCCAGGUCUUCUCAGUCCUGGAGUCGACCUAUCAACACGACAGUCUUCGCUACCUCCUGGACUACUUCGUUCCCGCCAAGCAUCUCCUGCACAAACUGCAGCAACAUGCAUGUUCUCAGUACCUGGGCUGUUUGUUCCUCCACUCCGGCUGGCCUCUGUGUCUGGGAGAGAAGGUGGUCGUCCAACUGUCCACGCUGGACUGGAGGCUCCUGCGCAGUAACGACUUCUACCUGCAGGUGGUGCCCUUCUCCACACGCUGCCCCCGGCUGGCUCUGAAGUGCCUGGCCCCCGGAGGUCGCACCGUUCAGGAGAUCCUGGUGCCGGAGUCACAGCACCCCCUGGUGUUCACCACUGAGUGGCUGCACAGUGUCAACAAGGAGCGAGGCCACAAGAGAGAAGUCGGAGGAGGACUCGACAGCUGCCUCGUCAGUACAUGUGAUGGUGUCGUUCGACUUCCGUGGAAGGAGGUCGUCUACCCAAAGUUCAUCCACGACCCCUCGGAGGAGCUGGGCCUGAUGUCGAACUACGACGGCUCCGUAUCCGACCGCUUGCCCAGCGAGGGGGGCAGCAGCCUCGGGGGCUGGGGCGGCUCGUCCUCCGGAGAACUGGACUCGUGGUCCUGGGACGAGGAGGAAGACGAUUUGCCCCCAGACGGCCUGAAGUCUGGGUCAGCGCUCCCCCGGCGAAGGCGCAGUGAAGACGGACUCGGGCGGACAAUGAGGCAGCCUCAGCUGGAUGGGGACUACGUGGAGCUUCUGGAGCCCAGAGGGGGUCCUGAUGGAGGGGUCGACCCGAGGCAAAGGUACCUGGAGAUGCACGGGAUUUCUAAGACAAAGACUUUGCCCCUGUGCAGGAGAGGCAAGGCCAUCAAACUGCGGAGGGGGAAGGCUUGGGGAUAUGGAAGAGUGGAAAGGACGGGAAGCUUACGGGCUGUCCUCAGCGCCAAAGGAGACCUGGUGACCUCCAAGGGCGACCGGCCGCCACCUCCUCCUCCACCAGGAGUUGCUGAACCUGGCAGAGGGUGGCGGACUUAUUCCUCCUCCGUCCACGACUCUGAUGAAGGAGAUAAAACGAGCAGGGACUCCCAGGGCCCAGGGAGUGGCCAUCUUUAUUUUGGUGGGCCGUUCAAGGAGAGGAGACCCGGCGUGGGCAAGGAGAGAGACGCCGCCGGCCUCGUGCAGCCGAGCAGAGACGAGCAGAGAAACAAAGACUCAGAGAGCGGCGACAGUUUGGUCACAAAUGAAACCCACAAGGUCGGACUCGUCCCAGAAGGACACUCAGAUCCCGGAUCUCAUUCAGAUUCUGUGUUUGAGGAUAAUGACAAACCACUGAGUGGAGACAGUGACGCCACCACUCCGACGUCAGAAGCUCCAGAGAAACUGUUCACCGCAGUUUCAGGAAGUGGAGAGAUCACGAACAGUGGGACGAACACAAAGAGUUCGUCCGACACGAAGGAGGCGGAGGACAAGGACGAAGGAAAGACAGAUGACAGAAUGUGUCCUCGAGGAAAGGACGUUAAAACUGCUGGAUUCAGAGCGCCGAGGAGGAAGAGGAAGGGCCGGGGGGCCAAGGGGAGGGCGAGGUCUGGAGGUCGUACGCACCAGAAGAGCUCCAAGCCACAAGCUAAAGCUCCUCCCUCAGGUCCGACCACCAAGCUGCCGGUCACAGAGGAGAACCAGUCGGAACCAACGGACCGGGCGGACGAACCCGAGGCAGCAACUAGAGCUGAGGACACAAAGACGAGCAGCGCAGCAGAGACAGAAGCUGAACCUUUGUCUGUCUGUAACGGCCAAUCAGACACAAGCUCAUUCAACCACUCGACUGAAUCAGAGCCAGUAGAGACGAGUCCCGACCAACUGAACGGUGGGACACCGUCAGAACCUCCACUGCUCAGGGAGCUGGACGCUCCGCUUCUCCAGUCAGGGAAGAUCAAGCUGACGGGUACCGUGGACCGGUUGGGACGCGCUCUAGUCGUCAUGGAGACGGACGCGUCAGAGGAGGGUGUCCGUGAGGAGGAGAUGGCCCGGGUCCUGGCCUGCUACCACAGAAUCACCCGGCCUCCAGCCAAAGAGAAAGGUCUGACGGUGUUGAUGGACGGCAGACGCUCGCAGCCCGCCGCUCGCUGCCUCCGAGUGCUGAACAUGUUCCAGGUGCUGGUUCCUGACGGUCUGGGAUCUGUCCUGGUUUUGGUGGAAGAGCAGCAGGAGUCUGUCUCUCACAAUCUGGCAGGAGCAGAGAUCCACACGGUGUUGGGAACCGGGGUCCUUCAGCAGUUUGUGGACAGGCAGCAGCUGCCCGACGACAUGGACGGAGACCUGGUGCACUGUCACUCCGACUGGCUCGCCUUCCGACUGAGCCUGGAGAGUCUGACCGAGCGCUGUGAGAGCGCCCUCCGGCUGCUGGGAGAGGCGCUGCGGUCCCUGGAGAGCGAGCCGAUGCCCGACAACAUCAAGGUGGUUCCUCUGAGCAUCGACCGACACAGACAGCUGAUGACGAGCGUCCUGGCCGACCAGCGCCUCACUGAACUGCAGCAGAGGGGCGGAGCCUGGCUCGCAGGGUUGACCAAUAGCACAUCUGGACUCGCACAUAAGUCGCCAGACUGCAGGGCUGCUCUGGCUGUGACCUCUGACCUCUACGACAGUGUGGACGACGCCCUCCACAAGCUCGUCCGAGUGUCCAACCAGAGAGGUCGCGACCUGGAAGCCCUGGGACGACUGGCGGGACUGGUGGACAAACUGGAGAAGUGUGAUGAGCAGAUCGAACAGGUGCAGUCGCAGCUGGACGAUUACAAGGAUCCUCCUCUGUCCCUCAGCAGACUGUCCCUCAAACAGCAGAAGUUCAAGACCUUCAGAGAAACGGCCAACGAUCUGCACGGCGACACUCUGUCCGUGCUCAGCGACCUGGAGAGCUGGUGUGAGCUGGACUGGGCCGGACUGAGCCAGGUCCAGAUCCGCCUUCCCCCCGUGAGGGAGAAGCUGAGGGACAUGUCCCACUGCCUGUCGGACUGCUGGACCACGCUGGACAACACCCAGCGGCUGCUGUCCACGCUCACCGAGGCGACCCAGUGGUGUGAUGCCGUCUCCUCCUCGUCUUCGUCCUCUAACACCUGCCCCCUCGCCUCCCUCCCGCCCAUCCCUCCCUCACGGUUCCAGGACGCCCGGUCUCUGGCUCUGGAGCUGGGCGGCGGGUCGCUCCUGGAGCUCUGGACCCAGACGGUGGAGCGCUACCAGAGGACGGUGGCGCAGGUCAAACCGCGGUUCCUCCAGUCGGACCGGAGCCAGAACCAGGGCCAGGGGAAGACGGCCAAGACGCCGUCGGCCAGCAGUCUGUGGGACCUGAUGGGUCCCGAGGGGGAGGGCGACUGGGGGCCGGGAGCCGGAGGGGCCGAGGGGGGGGGGCUGCAGUCCUGGGGGUCGCUGGCGUCGCUGUUCAGGCCGCAGACGUGUUCCACGCUGAAGAUCGGAGAGGAGAGAGGGAACAAGAAGGAGGGAGCAGGAAGCGGAGGAGGAGCCGGAGGAGGGAAGUUCCUGCAGAACCUUCUGAAUCCAGCCAAGAAGAGCCCCAGCGAGGCCCCGCUGCCUCCCAAGCCCCCCAGGAAGCGCCACCCGAGCUUCGACCUGCAGGCGCUGCUUGCCCCCCGCCGUGGCACGGCCACCCCCAAACCCCCCGAGUCCCCUGUGGGCGGGGCCAGCCGCAGCUCCCCCAUGUCCUGGCUGGGCAGACGGGCGGUCGCUGACCCAGUGGUCACCACCGGCAUGGCCGCCGCCAUCCAUGGGUGGGGAGGAGGAGGAGGAGGAGGAGGAGUAGGAGGAGGAGGAGGAGGAGCAGUAGGAGGGGGGGUGUUGAUCCGGGGGGUGGAGGUCAGCAGCAAGGAGGUCGUGGACCACACGGGGUCGCCACGGCAACACGUGCUGCUGGGGAGGACGGAGCGGGAGACGGGCGGAGACAGGGCCGGGUCGACAGCUCAGAGUAAACUCUACCUGCUCUGGUGCAGGAUGCUGAGCUCCGAGCGUCAGUACGUGGCGGUGCUGAGGGGCGUGGAAGAGACGUACUUCCCCCUGCUGGAGCUCCCUGACACCCCGGCCUCCGUCAGGGGGAAGGCCGACGCCCUCUUCCCAAACUGGGCCGGCCUCAGCUCCUUCCACGCGCAGAACCUCCUCCCGGCCAUGGAGGGCGCUCUCGUGCAGAGCUUACUGCAACAGGACUGCUUCAGCAAAUAUCGGGAGCAGUUCCUCCAGUACUCCCACUACAUCCGGACCAGACCAGAACUGGACUCUCCGCUGGUCUCGCAGGCCGCAGACUUCUUCAAGUCCAAACUGCAGGCCGCCUCCCCCCUCUCCCCCCUGUCCUUCCCCCACUGUCUGCAGGCUCCCACCCAGCGGUUGAAUCAGUACUGCGAGGCCCUGGAGGAGCUGGGAGGGAUAAACCCCGCCUCUGACUCCGCCCUCCCCAUCCUGAGACACGCCCAGCGGCACGGCGAGGACCUCAGGGCCAGUGACCUCAUCGUGGGAUGUCCGAUCCCCGUGGCGGAGCGCGGCGAGCUGGUGCGUCAGGGCGAGUUGAUGGUGUGUGGAGGAGCUCGGAGGAAGCGAGCGGGCGUGAGGAGCGUCUUCCUCUACCAGCACGUCCUCAUCUUCACCAAGCAGAAGAGUCCCGGGGCGGGACGCACCAACUACAGCUACAAGUACAGUAUCAAGACGGGCGACAUGGGUCUGACUCAGAGCGUGGGCGACGACGGGCUGAAGUUCGAGGUGUGGGUGCGUCAGGCUCCUCGGACCAGAGACUGCGUGACGCUGCAGGCGCAGGACCGAGACGACAAAGAGGCGUGGACGCAUGACGUCGCCCAGCUGCUGUGGACGCACGCCAUCAACAACACGGAGUUGUGUCUGAAGGAGUCUCUCUGCAUGGGCCUGUCCAGUAAACUGUUGCUGGACGUCACAGGAAGUCAAGGCUCCGAGCUCGACUCCGUCUGCAGUCUGGUCGACAGAGUCCACAGUAGCUGCUCAGACUCGUCCUCGGUGGGCAGUCAGAAGGAGGGGGGGUCCCCGGCGUCCGGCCGAGACCCCAGGAGAAGCUCCGGAUCAACAAGUUUCUCUCAGGGUCAGUCUCCGUCGACAGCUGUGUGACCGUCACCUCAUAAGAAAACUGGACCCUGGACCUUCUGAAGGUUCACACAUCUCUAUUCCACCAGCGGGAUGAAACCAGACUGGACUACAACAAUCGAGAGAGACCCUCAGACUCUUUUCCCCCUUCACCCACAAAAAGAAAUAAAAUGGCGGCAGAUUAGCCGGAGCCACUCAGCGCCGCUCUCUCUCGUCUCAACCCGAGCGCCACUGACAUGAAAGAAAAUGAACAAAAAGCCGCUUUUUUGUCGCAUGACAAGCACCAGCAGGGCUCUCUGCAUUCCGCCAUUUUGGAUCUGCCAGUCUCAGUUUCUGGCAGAGUCAUUGACACCAGAGGCACUUGAGCCACACAGUGCUGCCAUUGUCUGCCCCGCGGCUUCCCACUAGGCCAAACCACUUGGUCUGAACCACUGCCUUCCUGGCUCGCUGAGCGCAUCACAUGCUCCAGCAUCGGAUAAUAAACAGGAAGUGAUGUGCAAGCGUGCGAGUCCUGCGCAGGACUGCAGAUUUAGAACGUCGCUGUUAUGAACUUUGUCAUGUUCCCAACGCUGAACAGACUGAAAACUGUGAAGUGGAGACUCUGUCCUGCCGCUGUAGAGAAACAUGCGCGGCACAGAUAGGUGUGAUUGCAUCUAUGUAAAUGAGGCAGGGGUGGUGUGAGCGCACACACACACACAUGCAGUCCUUCUCAUUGUUAUCGGACAGAGGAGCUCUGUUCACAUUCACAUACUCACUGUGGCCAUUUUACCGCCUGGUACAGUGGCUGAACCAACGAGGGGCGAGGUUCCAUCACCGAGCGUUGCCUCGACGAGCGGGAGCCUCUUCAUAUAAUCUGUUGAUCACAGAGGUGAAGAAAUGAGAUGAUGUGUCCAGGACCUAAAGGUCAACUUGUAUUUAGUCUCUUUAACGUGUAACUUAUGUCGACAACGUCGGGGCCUUCAACAUUUAACUUCAUAACUUUCAAUAUAAGAUGCCAUAUAUUCCCUAUGAGGUAAACAAUGGGUGUCUGUGCAAUGACCAAUCAUACAAAGACGUAAAUUGUCUUAUCGUGUUAGUUUGAUGUGCUCUGUUCUGGUUUUACUGGUUUUGUCCACGACAUGAACAAAAUCUGAUUGUUCUCAAAACUGUAAUUUGAUCACACCUGUACGUUGUUUCUCACAGGAACACGUUUCCCUUCGGUGGUUUUCAGUUUUGCUCCUGGAUUUGUUUUAUUCAUGACGAGUGUUUGACGUGACGCAGUCGUGAUGUCAAGUGGUGCUAAAUUUGAAAGGAAUACUUUGCACUUGAUACCACACUGAGUUAAUAUGAAGCUAGAGUUAGCAGCUAGCUUGUUAGCGUUGCUUAGCACAAACAAAAACCACCUGCUAGCCCCUAAAUCUCACUAAUUAAUAUAUACAAACAUGUCUUGCUGUUAUUAUCGCACCAGAGAUCUUCUGUUUACUCAGUUUACUGAAAUAUACGAUGAAAACACAUUUAAUUGACGUAACGUGUUACGGCCUUUGCUAGCUUGACAUUUUGUGGGAAAGGAGUUAGCUGAUGCUAACAGGGUACAGCUAAACAACAGCUAGUGGGUUAGCUCAACUUAACAUCAACCCCAGCGAGACAUUUUUUCACUGAGGACAGAUAAUGUGUGAGGAAGCUUUGAAAGUGCUGGUAGAUGGAUUCUGAUGUUUCAGACUGGGCUAGCUUGCUGUUUACCGUGCUAGCUCUUGUUGUGCUAAGCUAGGCUAACUGACGCUAGGCUGUAGCUUCAUAUUGUCAGACAAGAGUGAUAUCAAUCGAGUGGAAGAGACAACAUAACUUCCACGUGUAGAACUUAACCUAGUAGAACUUCAUGUGACACUACAACACGACAGCACUGAAAAUAAUCCACAUAUCUAGACUUUAUCAUGUCAUAUUAUUAUGCAGCUCCAGAAAUGGUUUCAAUAUUUCAACACAACGACGUAGUUCAUGUUUCAUAACCCUGAGGAUGCAGAACCUCCAGUCACUGGUCUGGUUGUGUAGCAGGAGAAUCAAACAGUCGGCUUCAGGUACAACAGGAAACCGCCGGGCGGCGUGAGUCUGCAGCACUUGGUAACGUUUCAUAUCUGCAUCCAAACUCAGAAAUUGCAAAUGGCUAUAAGCUGUUUCUGGAUCAAUAUGUAAUUUGUUGGCUUCGUAGCCUUUAGCAGUUUGGAACAUUGCGUUGUAUCGGGAGCGAUGUAAUGAACUCCAUCGUUCAUCUUUACUGCGGCAGAUUGUCGUAUGCAGAAUCCCUCACGUUCAUACGCCAGUGUAACUGCAGAGGAACGUUCCCAUCACUCUCUGCCUGAUGUUUACAUUUUUUUGAAGGAAUGUUGGAAAUGCAUGUUAUAUAUUACUUGAUAAUUGUACUUUGAAUGUUGUGUUUAAUUUUGUUUGUGUUGAAUAAAAACUAUAUUUGAA